ACCAUGCUGUAUUUCCAGAUGGUUAUAAUGGCUGGGACCGUUAUGUUAGCAUAUUACUUCGAAUACACUGACACUUUCAGUGUCCACAUCCAGGGAUUUUUCUGCCAUGAUGAUACUUAUACCAAGCCCUACCCGGGACCUGAUGAGGCCAGUGCCAUUCCGCCAGUUCUCCUCUAUUCUCUCGUCGCUGGGGUCCCCCCUCUGAUGAUAAUCGUGGGAGAAGUGGCUGUAUUUUUACUUCAAUCAGCUUCUAAAGAGUUUGGAAAUCGUGAGAAGGCGAUAAUAACCGGAGACUGUUGUUACAUCAAUCCACUGGUGCGCAGAACAGUCAGGUUCCUUGGGGUUUAUGCAUUUGGACUUUUUGCUACUGAUAUUUUUGUAAAUGCUGGACAAGUGGUGACGGGAAAUCUAGCGCCCCACUUUCUCACAGUGUGUAAACCCAAUUACACAGCUCUGGGAUGUCAUCAUGAACCUGUGCAAUUCAUCAACAGUGAAGAAGCCUGCACAGGCAACAUAGAUGCCAUAACAAAAGCCAGGAAGACCUUCCCAUCCAAAGAGGCAGCUUUAAGUGUGUAUGCAGCAGUAUACCUGGCUAUGUAUAUUACUUGUACUGUGAAGACAACUGGAACAAGACUUGCAAAACCUCUCCUCUGUUUGGGUCUCAUGUGCUUGGCAUUUCUGACUGGAAUAAACAGGGUAGCAGAGUACCGAAAUCACUGGUCAGAUGUUGUGGCAGGAUUCAUCAUAGGAACAGCUGUAGGAGUAUUUUUGGUUGCAUGUGUGGUACAUAACUUUAAGGGAAGACACACUGUAAAUGAAAAUCUACCAACCGGCAGCAUGACGGACAUGUCUCUGAUCACCCAAUCACGUAUGGAAAGUCCAUUAGGAAAAUUAAGUGCAAUACAGAAUCACGUAUUUGCAGAAGUCACAUGAUUAUCAACAGGAGGUUUGUCCUAUUCUUUGGGCAUCUUUAUUAUUUAUUGUUCAACGAUCACAUUUGGAAUGAUAUCCAAGAUGCAGUCUCACUUAAUAAGAUACACACACAGAACUGUUAUUCCUUCACAAAAAUUCCAGUGAUAUUGGUGGUAUACGGAACAUUUGUAAUAAUUCAAGCACAUUGCACCAUGUUGAGGGGGCAGAAGGUACAUAUUCAACAUUUUCUGUAUUUAAUUUUCCCUUACACAGACUAAUGUCUGACUACUUUGGUUAUUGCUAAAUCAUGCAAAACAUAACUUGUUCUAAACUCUAAGGUGCAAUUAAUGCUUUUUUUUUAAAAAAAAAUUGCAGGAAUCUUUUUGAAAGAAAUGCCUAUUUUGUAUUCAUUGUGCUGUAAGAAAUAAUGAAUAUUUGUCAAGCAAUACCGCAUGAUAAGCAUUGUGAUUUAGAAAAUUCUCAUUCUUUUGUCUUUGCGUCCGGCAGUGAAUCUUUUUGCUGUUAUAACAGUAAAUGUGCAAAAGUGACUCAACGCUGGAUGAUAUAAUAAGGCUUUAAUUCUGCAACUGCAUUUGGGAUUUACAGGAUUCAGUAUGCAAGAUAUUGCCUUAUUUGACUUUCCAUUUUGAUAGAAAAUGUCUGUCUUUCCCUGCCUCAAACAUUUAAACUUAAAUAAGACUGCAAUUAUAAAUCAGAUUUUAUAGUAAGUAA